CCCAAAGUGAUACGUCUGUGAACCAAUGUGCAUCACUGAUUGCUGUGGUACCUCUGAGCACAGGAUCACAGCAGCCUGAGAGGCAUGUUCUUUUUUGAAUAGGUCUAAAAAAACAUCACACUUACAAUAACUGACCUAAGUCUUGUGCCUUCUUGCUUUCCAAGAAACAACCCAAAGAGUGAAAGCAGCCUGUUUUUUUCCUGUCCUGUUCCUGUUCGUUUUUUCUGCUUCUAUGCCUGCUGCAGGGCACCUAAGAAUGCUGCUGAGUGCCCAAGCAGACAGAAGAGGAAUAGGCAAGGGCUGAUGCUGCUGAACAGAUUUUGGAGAAACAGGAGGGAGGAGCGGGAGCCUGGUCCUUAGUGAUAAGGCCAAGAAUGAAUCAGGUCAUGCAUGCCUUUGGAACAUUUUGCUGAAUUUUCCCUGUUGAUAGCAUAACUUAUGGUUUGUGUUUCUUGCAUGUGAGAGAAAGAGAGGCUACAAAUUCAUGUGUUACAGGUCUUGUCUGAAACGAACAAGGGCUUGGGUUUGGCUGGAUCAUGCCACUGUACUUGCUUUCUUGUAUUUGAAGGUGCUAGUAGGGAUAAAUUGAGUGAGAGAGAGAGGCUGGAGAUGAUGGUUUGGGUGGGAUGUGGGUUCUGUGUUGUCUGCUGUAUCCAUAAACUCUGCCCUUUGCUGGGCCUACCUGGUAGGAAGAACUGCCUGAGAUUUCUGGAAGGAAUCCAACCUCUCCCCCAGCUGUCCCACAUAAGUCAAUGAAGAUUGCUGGGUGAGAAUACAAUAGAUGUUUUGACUGGACCUGAAUUCCUUAUGAAUGCAUUUUGGCUGAAGGAUAUUCUUGCUUGGGAAAGGUGUUUGGCAUGUAAGUAGGGCUGGAGAAUCACGUAAGAGCAAAAGAGAAGAGAACUGAAAUGGCACUUGACUAUGAAAGAUAUAGCUGAAGCUGCUGUUCCCUGUUGUUUGAUCCAGCUGGCAGGCAUGCUUUGGUGAGGAACAAAAGUACUUAUGUCUGCAGUUAAAAAACAAAAAUGAAAUAAAAUGAUAAACUUAUUGCUGUCCCUCAUAGUACAGAGUAGGGCCCAGCGUUAGUGGGAUGGUGAAAGAGCAGGACACAAGCACUUGAGUCAAUCUAUUAACUCCUCCUGCAUUCUGUCUUGAAGCACUGUGCGGCCAUGAAGAAGAUCCAAGAAGGAUACAGUUCCAGUCUGCACCUCUCCUGGGGGAAGUCAGCAGAACUAUGCUUCAGGCUGUAGUAGCUGGUCUACCAGUCAUGAAACGAAUUCUUCUGUUUUUCAUCCUGGCUGCUGCAGUUAUGUAUGGUAUAUUGCAUGGAAAUCUGUGGAGAAAUAACUUCUACUGGAUUAGCUUUUAUGGACAGACUUCUUCUGUGAGGGGUCCUUCUUCCAAUGAGGCUAGUGGAGUUACCCAGCUGCCACCUACGGCUGUGGAGAGAAGGAACGCACUGGACACUUGUCUUCUGAAACCAGCAUUUGAAUCUUUACUGGAUGUUGACAAAAUAUACCCGUUCCUGUGUGCCAAUGAUUUUAUCAGAGUAGCAGAGUUCCAUGGAAGUGAUAAGUUCGAGCUACCUUAUGGAAUAAAGAGAGCAGAACAAUUUUUUCGUUUAGCCCUUUCGAAACUGCAAAAUUGUGGACUGUCCAACGAAGACGACAGUGUUGCCUGUCGACGGUGUGUUGUGGUCGGUAAUGGAGGAGUACUUCGAAAUAAGACGUUAGGGGGGAAAAUUGACUCAUACGAUGUGAUAAUAAGAAUGAAUAAUGGCCCUGUUAUAGGCUACGAAGAGGAUGUUGGGAGAAGGACGACUUUCCGCCUUUCCUACCCGGAAUCCAUCUUUUCGGAUCCAAUCCACUACGACCCAAAUACUACUGUUGUUAUUAUCGUCUUCAAGCCACGUGACUUAAAGUGGCUUUGGGAGAUAUUAGGCGGUCAGAAAAUAAGUGCUAAAGGCUUUUGGAAGAAACCAGCUCUGAACAUGAUAUACAAAUCUAAUCAAAUCAGGAUUCUUGAUCCUAGCAUCACCAGAAAAACAGCUUAUGAUUGGCUUCAUUUCCCAACAAGAUUUCCCAAAAAAGAGAAACCCAAGCAUCCAACAACGGGGCUAAUUGCCAUUACACUAGCAUUUCAUAUCUGUCACGAAGUUCACCUGGCGGGCUUCAAAUAUGACUUCACUGACAGGAACAGUUCUUUGCACUACUAUGGCAACGAAACAAUGUCUCAGAUGAUGCAGAAUGAAUACCAUGACAUCAGCGCUGAGCAGAAAUUCUUGAAGAAGCUUAUAGACAAGAACUUUGUGGUCAAUUUGACGUGAAAGCUGGAUGGAAAAUAUGAAGAAUAAUCACUAUUUUCAAGAUUUCAAAAUGUUUUAUUUUUUGUAUGACAUUUUUAUUUUUUAAGUGCAACAUAACUGUUUACUGUUGAAAAACAGCACGGAAACCUCAUAAGGCAGAAGCUUCUUCUAAGCCAGAGGAUAAUGGACUAUUCCAAGCUGAGCUAACUAAAUUUCUGUGAAGCUAUUUAAUGGGAAAAACACAAAACUUUCAGCUGAAAGUAUCAGGGAUGUAUAAAAAUGUGAUUCACAUUACUUAUUUAUCAGCAAGAACUUUUUUCCAAAUGGUUACUUCUCUGGAAUACCUUCUUUUCUAAUGUCCUCCAAAAGGAUUACACUGUUAAGAGACUGAGACAACUGUUCAAGUAGUGGAUGGAUGUCAAUGCUUGAAUCUUGUAAUACGAAAGUGGCUUUACAAGCGAUGCCUUUAAGUCAUUACUGUGUGUUUAGGAGAAGGGGAAACAUGCAAACAUACAGAUUUCAAUCUGCCCUCCUCCUGAGCAGAGGACAUCCAUCUUCUGUGAAGAAGCCACAACCUGCACUGGUCAUCAACUCUGAACUGCUGUCUGUGUGUGCCAAAGGUGAAGACCCUUUGGUCUGUUUACUGGAGAUGCUGGCAUUGACAAUGCUCAUGUUGUACCAGUUUAUGGAAAAAAACAUAUGACCUGUGCUGUGCUUCCAAUAAAUUUUACGGUUUUUGACUUCUCAUAGAAUAGAGGGAGUUUGAGGACUGAAGCUUUGUCUCGACUGCUUGUGUCUCUUGCUUCCCCUAAAUGACAACAGGAGUGUGACCUCAGACAGAGAUGUUCACACUUGAGUUUAACCUUAGAGGCACAGGUUUUUGGAUUUCCAGACUUCAGGAUAGAAUCUAGUAUGUCUUUCUGUUCUCCUGCAAGAAUGACAAUAUAUUUUUCCAACUGUAAUCCUCUUUCUUGCAUGCUGCAAAGCAUUUACAACUCUGACAUGCAUAAGUACGAACAAUAAAUGUUCCUGUCUUCGGCA